GCGCAUUAUCAAUGUAAACUUUCAUACUUUCUUUUAAGAUAACCUUAUACUAUUUUAUUUCUAUUGUUAUUCUAGAAUUAUUAUUAUUUAUUAUUAUUGAGACAAUUAACAAAAACAAUGGCAUUACGUGGAUUGGUUAUCGCACGUAAUAUUCAUAUGACAACUAUUAAUAAUGAAAUUCGUAAAAUGGCACGAUUGAGAGUUGUUGAUAAUAGUGACAUAGGUAAGAGAGCUAUGUUGGAAGGUAAACCACCAAAAUGUAUUCACGUUUACAAUAAAAGUUUGGUUGGCUAUAUAGGUGAUCGUGUUUUGGUAGCAAUAAGAGGUGAAAUGAAAAAAGGAAUUUUAGUAGGCUUGAGGCAAACACAAAACCCUAAAGUACCAAGAUUUGAUAGUAAUAAUGUUGUAUUGAUUGAUGAUAAUGGUACCCCACUUGGCACACGUAUCCAUGUACCGAUACCACUUAUUUUAAGGACAAUACUCAAACAAAAAACACAUUCUAAGGGUGCUGAUUAUACCAAACUAUUGGCGAUUGCUCCAAAAUUUGUAUAAAAUAGACUUGAGUGUCAAUAAAUUAUUAAAACACAAGUUGUAUUGUUUGUAAGUAAUAAAGUAAAAUUUUUCAUUC